UGUUUGGUUAGGUUUUGUUUUUGUUUCCUCCAACAUUAAUUUUUACCGGAAUGAGUUGAUGUAUAUUAACACAUUAUAUUAUUUUCGAAAGCCUUGAAUAUAUAAAUAAUCCUACGUAUAAUUCUAACAUUCAUGUAAAUGAUAGGUUGGAGUUGGAUUUAGUGUGGUAAAUAAUUUGGCGAAAACAUGUUCAGCUCGGACAGCGAGGAUGACACAUUCGGUCGCGUGGCCCCGCAACGCAACAAGAAGCGGCCCCCGGCUCAGAAACUGGGCAAACGGCGACGUGCCGGUGGCGGGGAGGGUGCGAGCUCCGAGGGGGACAGCUCCGACGCGACGGAGAUCGUCGAGGAGUCGGGGACACUGCGCACGCCCAACAUUUCGACGGUCACUCCCAAUGUGUCCAUGUCAGGUGGCAGUAUGAGUGCUCACCCGGCUUUCAACGGAAGUGAUGCGGCCGCGCACAGCACUCCAGAGCUACAUUAUCGCGAUGAGCUGAAGGAGGCCAAACAGAAGAAGAGGUCGUUCUUGGCCGAUACACUCGCCCAGGUGUCCAGUGUUAUUAACGACGACCAGGAAGAGGCAUGGCAGCUGGCUCAGGAAAGCCACCAGUCCACAUCAGCUGUGGCGGUGGCCGACUCCCUUCACAAACAGCAGCAGCCCUAUGAGAUAGCCGGCGCCUGCUUCGAUAUCAAGCUCACCAGCGAACAGCUCUCCGAACACCUCGCCAACUGUAUUCAGCUAAACGCCGCCAAUAAAAUCAACAAGAACAAUGCAUUCAAUCUGCAGUUGAUCGAUUACAUGUUUGUUCUGUUGAGAAGAAACGACAAAACAAUGCAAGAUUUUCCAACAAUGAGCUGCAGCCUGGACGCAAGCACACGGAUCUACGCAGAUCGUGAGUGGGUUGUCGCGUGCAAACGACAAGGGCAAGAAGAAGUCGACCAAGGAUGGCGGGGAAGGCAGUGGGGGGGAGGGGGACUCGGAUGGAGAGGGGGGUGGAAACGAGAACCAGCAGAUGCAGUGCUAGCCUCAUCGCUAGACGCUCUCUGCAGGACAAAGAUUGAGACGGCCUCGUGGAUGCAGCGACCAGCUAUCCAGCCUGAGUUCACGACACUACUGAGACAGGCGGCCGUCACCCUGAGCGCCCAGUGUGGCCUAACCCUGCUACAGAACGACAUCCCACUGUUGCCGCCGCGACGACAGCCGAAACAGCCGGAUCGGAGUCGUGUCACGGCUGUGCCUGUCGACCUACCACCCGCUCUAUACGACUACGACUUUGGCUUCAGUUGGCGCGAGGAGGGGGAGGAGCCUGACGGUGACGUCAUCAUGGAUUUCGACGAACAAAGCGAUUUGGACAACGAUUUCAGUUUCAACGUGCACAACAACACAGUCAUCAGUGCCGUGUCACACAGGGACUCUAAUCAAGAAGGCGAUGAACUUACUAAGAUGUCAUCGUCCUGUAAUGGGGAGGAGGUGGAGGAGGUAUUGAAGGAGGCAGCGUCGAAAGAGAGGGAGGCUGUGGUUAGUGUUGAUGAUAUGGAGGGGGUGUUUGGAGGGGAUGAUCGGGAGGAUAGUGGGGAUGAAGAAGUUCAGGAGGAGGUGGAGAAGGAGAAAGAGAAGGAAAGUAGUAAAAAACGUCACGACACGUUGAGUUUGGUUAGUAGUAAAGCGUUGCUAGCAGAGGGGGAUAGUUGUUAUUCGUAUAUAGACACAGACCUGUUACCCGACGUCUGGGUAGGACCCGACUUCUGGAAACCGAAGUUCAAACGCGGCAAACCUGCCGCCUGUCAGUUAGCCCCGGAAAAAGCGGCCGAGAAGAAAACUCGUCGCAAAACUAAACGCACCGAUAUCCUGUCUUUCGAAGACUGCAACAACAAUGUCGACGCGAUUUUCAAGAAGAAAUCGGAGACCGCAGCGCAAACUCGUAUGAUCGGGAAGUGGUCGGAGAAAAAGCUGACGCUUCCUGGUAAAAAGAACUGUAAGAUGCAGGAUGUGUAUCGGUCGUUCCUUAGGAAGAAUCUGUUCUACAAACCGUUCCUAAAGCCUGACAAGGAUGCGAAAAUUGAGUUUGAGUACGCGGAGGACGGUGAACAUCUGUUCAACAAUGAAAACAAUAAUAUCACAGAUUUGGACGGUGACCGGGUGGGGGGAAUCGUUCUUAACAACGACAGCCGAGUGUCCGACUGUGAUGAUGUUGAUGAUUUUAAUGAUGAACCGGUGGCCGAUAUUGAUGAUGUUGAUGAUGAUGUGGGAGGGGAGGAACCUGGGGAUGAGGAGGAUAACAGUGAUGUGUUCAGUGCAGAUAACCUGGUGCCAAUGCCGAAACUGGUGCAGUGUGAUACGAUCAAGUAUGCUACGGUGCCGAAACGGCUGGACAUGAAGAAACUGAAGGCAACCAUUUGGAGCAUGUUGGAUUUGGAGGAUGAUAAGGAAAACAGGAGAUCUCGAAAAUCUAGUGAAAUGAAGAAAAAUACUCAUCAGACGUUCAGUGAUAUCUACCAACACCUUCCCGAGCGUCUCAUGGGAGAGAUGAAGAAAGACAUGAGUCCGGCCCUGGCUUUUCUUGCCAUCCUGCAUUUGACCAACGAGAAAACGCUCGACAUCAAAUCUGCCGACUCGACACUUACCGACUUUGUCAUCAGAAAGGCCUGA